GCCGGCGGGUGCGGCGGGGCGCGCUGCGCCUCCCUUGUGCCCGGGCGCACCGCGGACCUCGCCUGCGCGGAGGUAGCAGCGUCUUUGGCCGUUGUUGCUCAUUAAGGAGCCUCUCGAAGCAGUCGUGGCGUUGAGAAGCGGUGCCUGCAAAUUAACUUUCAGUGAAUAGAGUACGCAGGGAACAUAAAGUACUGCUCCCGAGUCUUACACAGCACUGAUGCAUAUGUUGUGGAAAAAUAAGAAACAAAAUGAAACCUCUUCAAAAUGUGUGGCUUUUCAGGAGCCUACUUACCAAGUGCUGCUCUCAUGAUAGAUUCACACUGGUGUUUAGCAGUCGGCUUAGGAAAAAGCAUCAGGAUUCUCAUGCAUUGUGGAAGCAUGAGGCUAUGCAGAAGUAUCUAGAGUCUCUAAGCAAGGAAUACCAGCAGGUUAGUCAUCUGCUAAAUGCUGGCUCAAUAAAUGACUUUGAGGAAAAAUCCCUGAAGAGAAGACACGCUGAUCUAUCUCCAAUUGCAGCUGUAUUUCAAGAAAUCAAAGAGGCAGAAAAAGAGGUUCAAGAGCUAGAAGCCAUGUGCAAAGCUGUACUGGAGUUUGCUCUAAGCAAAGUGAGAUUGGCUAAUGUCUGUUCCUGUUGUUGGAAUUCAGAGCUAGACAGCAGAGAUGAGAAACAACUUCUAGAGCUUGCCUUAGAAGAGAAGGAAACCCUUGAUAAAAAAAUCAACACAUUGUGCAGAAAGCUCUCCCAGAUUCUAGUGCCGAAAGAAAAGCAUGAUGGAAGUCAUGUCAUAUUAGAAGUGACAGCUGGCAGAACAACUGGAGGUGACAUCUGCCAACAGUUCACUAAAGAAAUGUUUGAGAUGUACCAGAACUAUGCGGACUAUAAACGUUGGACCUUUGACAUUCUGAACUAUACAGCGGCUGAGAUAGGUGGGUUGCAUCAUGCAGCUGCUCAGAUUUCAGGAGAUGACGUCUACAGGCAUCUGAAAUAUGAAGGAGGGACGCAUCGAGUCCAGCGAAUCCCUGAGACAGGCCUAUCAUCAAGAAUGCAGCGUAUUCACACUGGGACAAUGUCAGUCAUUGUCCUCCCUCAGCCAGAGGAGGUCGAUAUUAAAGUGGAUCCCAAAGAUUUGCGUAUAGAUACAUUCAGGGCCAAAGGAGCAGGAGGGCAACAUGUUAACAAAACUGACAGUGCUGUGAGAAUUGUACACCUCCCUACAGGACUAACAGUUGAGUGCCAGCAGGAGCGAUCACAGCAAAUGAACAGAGAAAUAGCUCUGCGGACACUGAGAGCUAAGCUGUACCAGCAGAUCAUUGAAAAACAAAUAAGCAAAGAGCAGAGUGCCAGAAAACUGCAGUUGGGAACAAGAGCACAGUCAGAGAGAAUUCGUACUUAUAACUUCACUCAAGACAGAGUCACUGACCACCGGAUCUCGUAUGAUGCACGCAAUAUCAAGGAAAUUCUAAGUGGGAAAGAAGCACUGGAUAAGCUAAUCAACAGACUACUGGAGUUUGCGGAAGUAGAGGCUCUCACUGAGUAUCUAGAAAACUUGCAGUCUUUGGAAAGAGGAGGCUCCUGAAAACUUUGUGUACAGUUAAAACAGAAAUUUUGUCUUUAAUAGUAAAAUAAAAUGAAUGCAUUUGUUAGAUAACAGCUUGGUUAAAA